AUGACAUGCAUCAACGGCACCUGGUCCAACAUCAACCUCGUAUGUGCACGUCAGUGCGUGAGACACGACAGACAGCCCGGGCCACACACACAGACAGACAGACACUUAGGGGGAAGGAAGGAAGACGUGUACCCAUCUGUCUGUGCGUGUUCUGGUGUUCUGGUGUUAAUUGUGGUGUAGCUGACGGGCUGUGCUGACAGGCGAGUGCACCAAGUCCCAUCUGAUCGAGUCCCUGCCCGACCACCUCUGGGCGCAGGUGGCCCUACCAUCCCCCUCUCCCCCACCCGACAACAGAGACGCAGAGGGCCUGGGCGAAUGGCAAAAGACCAUGCCGGACCACCUGCCGUACCACACAGCCGUCCGAAUCGCAUGCGAGAAGGGCACCUCGACAGUGCACCAGUGCACCCUCGACAACGCCCUGAGUGACUCCCCAGGUGCGCAGGGCAGGGGAGGGGUUCCUGCUGGGGCGGUCGGUGUUGGUCAGCCAGCGGACUGGGAAGAGGUCAAGUGCAACAAUGGCACCUUCUCUGCACGCACCCUACACUGCCAAAGUACGUAUGUACCCACCGAUAGAUAGAUAGGCCGAGAGACCGACGCGGGCCAAGCCACCCACCCACACACCCCUGUCUCUUCUCUGCCUGUGUCUGUCAGAGUCGUGUGACUUGAACUGGCUGAAGGAUUGGGAGCAGCGGAUGAAUGGGUACUACGUGAUAGCCAAGGUGGACCCGCCGGCGCAGCAGAACGUCUUGCCGCCCGGCGGCUGCGUGUCGAUCAUAUGCGGCCGCGCCAAGCGAGCCCCGGGGCGGGAGGGGGAGAGCGGGGCGCCCGGCAGACAGACACACGCCACCCACGGCACCAAGAGCCCCUCCACUGUCACAUGCGAAAAUGGAAACUUCUCGGCUAUCCCUGUCUUCUGCUUCCGUAAGCCUGCACAGCACAGCACGCCGGCCGGCCUGCGUGUCAGCCAACAAAUGCAUCGAUGAUGGAAAGAUCCAUCUUCAUUGUGUGCGUGGCAGAGGAGUGUGGUGUGGUGCCUGUGGAUGUGUUGAGCACGCUGGCGGUCCGGACGGACACCGACAAGGCCCCGGGCGAGACCACCCCGCCCGAGACCAUUGUGCGGCUCAGGUGUCAGCCCGGAUACUCAUCAAUCGGCGGACCACCCGGGGGGCAGGACGAGAUCAAGUGCCUCGACGGCAUUUGGUCCAAACCACUGCUCGACUGCAAAGGUACCUGAGUUGGGCCACACACGGAUCUGGUAGUCUACUGCAGUGCCAAGAUGUGUGUGGUCAUGCAGCUGACUGUUCGGCCUUUCCGACGAUGAAUCCUUCCGGUGCGUAUGUGGUGAUGGGGGAGGGCCUCACACACGGGUCGACGCGAACCGUCGAAUGCGCCCCGCACCACCAUCCGGCAGUGGACGGCACGCCGGCCGCGGGAGCAUCGCAGUGCGUCGACGGCUCCUGGACCAAAGUGGACAUCCUCUGCUUCCGUAUGUGUGCCAUCCAUCCGCCAUAGAUGGAGAGGCUUCUUUGUGUGGACGGUUGGGUACUGCCUGUGUGUUGUGUGCCCUGCCCACCAGGUGACUGUCCGCCAUUUGAGCAGGGUGUGCCUCUCGACCCUGUCCGCUACCACGUCUUCAACAUGCAAAACGGUCCGCAGAUCAGAUGUGUGGUGCGCUGCGCACACGGGAGUUUGCGUGCGCCUCUACAUAUACUGCAGAUUUCCGUCUGAGCGAGCGUCACGGUGCCAGGUACAAGGUGACUUGUCAAGAGGAGUCGAUGUUCUUCCACGAGAGGACCCGGGGGGCCUCGCUCAUGAUGACAUGUGUCGACGGCACCUGGACACGCCCCGCAGAGGAGCACACUGACGUCCUACCGCUCUCUUGCAAGAGUAAUGUACCUACCUACCUGGCCACGGACACACAAAGAGCCAUACAUAUCGAAGCAGCCUAAAUGCAUGUCUCUCUGUGUGUCUGUUCUAAGCAGGGGCGUGCAGCGACUUCGGUGGGUCGACUAACAUGACGGCGGAGUGGGGCUACGAGCUGCUGAAGCAAGAGGGCACCACAGACACGUCCAUCCUGUUCUCCGGCACGCAGUUCCAGGUCAAGUGCCUCGACACCCACUCGGCCGAUCUGGAGCGGAUCCAGCCAGACCCCAAGCUGGGCAUCACCGAGUGGCGGGGAGACCUUGAGGGCACUGCAGAGCCUGUCGACAUCGUCACUUGCAACGACGGGCUGUUCACCGACAGGCAGCUCUACUGCCAUGGUGGAUGGAAGAACUUUGUCCGAUCGCAUCCCCCUGUAUACCUGUGUCUCUGUCUGUCUGUCGGAGUGCAGCUAAGUGUCCCGAGUACGCCCCUCCAUCGCCACAAGAGGGGUACCGGGUGCGAGAGUGGAGCCCCCCAGGAGCAGAGUACAAGAAGCAGCUUCUGGUCAACCACGGCACCUCACGAGCCGUCUCAUGCAACCCACUCAUGUACGUAAGCAUCUCAUCUGUGCGGGUGGGGUGGAAAAGACAGGGACAAACAACCGAUGGAUGGAUGGAUGGCUGGAUGUGCAGUCGGACAUCUGGUGAGUGGAAGGGCCACCGCAUGGGCUGGUAUGCCAUCCAGGACGGCUAUGGUGUGCUGAAUGACGGCGACAGCGGCGAGAAGUUCGCCGUCGUCGAGUGCCGGGACGGCAAGUGGACCGACCUUUACAUCAAAUGCGAAAGUACGCGAUAGAAUGUCCGACGACGGAAUGUCAGAAUGUCUGUGUGGUCUGGUGUGUGUGUUCUGUGGGUGGGUGCAGAGGUGUGUUCGGAGCCCAUCACGACUUUGCUAGAGGAAGCGUGCAUCCUCCACCAUCUGGAGACUGCGAGCCUAGACGCACUGGAGCCCUGCUACCAGGACGAUAAAGGCAUGCAAACACCAAGAAUGGAGGGAGAGAUCAUUCAUCUCCCUUGGAUGGAUGGUUGUUCCCUCUCUCUGCUGCACGCAGGCAAUUUGCUGAUCAACGACUUCAAGAAGAGGCGUGCGUGUGCCGAGAAGCGGUGCACAUCCGUCGACAAGGAAGUCUUCUACUCGCCGUGACCAUACACACACACACACAUACACAUAUGGAUGGAUGGAUGGAUGUGUGGAUGGCGUGACAGCUACCGCGUUGCCCGCACCAUAGUGCAGAUGGACAAGGCGGUGCUCAAGAACAUUCCCAGCCGAGACCAGAGACACAUGAUCAUAAUGGCACGAAAGGUGCGGACCGGAGGAGGGGGAGGGCGGAGGGCGGAGGGAGAGACACAGGCACAUCGCCCUGAAUCUCUAUCCCUCCCCCUGUGUGUGUCUUGUGUGUGUAUACUUGGGCUGUGAUGGAUGCGAUGCAGUCCGGCGAUGUGCAUCUGGUGGUUUGUGACGUGACGCGCAUGUACGCCCCCGAGUGGCGCGACAAAACUGCCUUUCUCGUGCGCGACCCCCAGGUCAAGGAGGCAGUGGCGCGGGUAACGUGUCGAGACGGCAGGUGGGACAGAAUGCCACUCAAGUGCUCCGGCAAGCAAGCCGCACAAACACACACACACACACACACACACAAAAACAGGCAGGCAGGCAGGCAGACUGCAGUGGACAAUUAAUUAUUCGGGCACGUGUGCGUGAAUGCAGCUGGUUGUCGCGGGGCGUUCGACAUUUAUCACGUUGACAGGAUGGCCAAGGUGUUCCGGCGGGGAGGCCCUGAGGCGGACACACAGUGCUCUACGGCGGGGCAGACACUCCAGGCCGUCGGCGCCCUGUCCUAUGGGGAAAAACACGCGCUCAUUCAGAAACACGAACAGAAAAGGCAGCAGACCGAUGUGGCAUCAGUGUUGCCGCUGGUGGCUCUGCUCUUCAUGGCUGGCGAGCUUGCCCACGCCUUCUCAGGAAACCCCCCUCUGCGCCACCUGAGUGACUUCUUGCUCCCUCUCUGGACGGCGAACCAUCAGCAUGAGCCGGCCCCCGCAUAUGUCGCCUUCAUUCUCACCUCCCCCGCGACCAACAAUACCCUGCUCGACAUGCGAGACACUGGUGGUGGCGGGGAGGUGAUGAUAUCUCUGGCUGAAGGCGGUCUGCUGCCGGGGCGCCAGGACGCUGCACAUGACGGGAGGGUGCGUGGCUGGGGCUGCCCAGGCCAGCCAGGGGUGGGUUCGGCGUGUGUCGUCGGAGCGCCGUCUGGCGCCUCCAAGUACGCUUCCCUCUCUGCUCGCGACGCACGGCCAUCCAGUGCAGCUGAAGAUCGGCAGCGGGUUGGUCAGCCCUGCGGAGGUCCUUCUCUCGGGUUGGGAUGUGUCUCCCGCCUUCAGAGGGACCUCUCCAGGUGAUACCAUCCCUCCAGCACCAUCGGCUGCGGGGAGGUUCGUAGCGGUUGACGGCAGCCAGCCGCCUCCCUCGUCUGCUAUCGGUGACCAUGGGUCCUUUCCUUCUUGGCUGGCUGCAUCAUUCGCUUCUGGUGGUGUGCACUCUGAAGGCGCCCCUGUGGUCGAGAAUGCUGACAGAGGAGAGGCACCGUCUCCCUGGCGGUCGCUGAAACGUUGGCUGCUCGGUGGUUCUCUUGACUCGCCGGCCGCCGCGCCAUCUUCGUCUUUUGUGGAGUUGGGAAGUGGCACGGACCCCGACACCAACGGCCUCCCGUCUAGCAGCGAUGUUGUGCAGAAGGUGGUCAAACACGCGGACGAGGAGCGGAAUAAGGGUGACACUAAGACGGCCGUCGAGAAGGGUGACAAGGCCGGCGAGGGAAGCGCCGAGGACAGUGUGAGCAACGUCACGUAUGAGUUCGACUUGAAAGACGAAGCGACUGAGGGCGGCCUUGUCGCGUGGGUCACUGCCUCAUUAUCACAGACAGACAGACAGACAGACAGACAGAGAUUGUCGAUCCCAUCAUCAUUCUGUGUCUGUGUGUCUGCAGGCACCACACGUACGUCAGCAACCAGAACUGGACCGACAUCCUCUACAACACGUCGCUCGAGCAGAGGCUAGACCACUUGCCAAACGCCCCCUACGGCCCGGCAAUGUCACGCGCGUUUGAGAUCUUCUUCUACAUCAACCAGGAGAAACGGGGCGCCACCGGCAGCCCAUUCGGCGCCUCGUGUAAGCUGAUGGAGGGCAUCCACCCCAAGGCGCACGAGUACCUCAUAUGGGGCCCUGGCUGCUGUGACCCAGCCAACUGCUGGCAUGGUUUGAAGCCGCCUGACAAGAACAGGGCAGGGUUCUGCAAGGGACACGUAUAUGGCAGAGGAACAUGGGUGGGUAUACACACUCGUCCGCACAGAUGACAUUCACAAGACGCACGCGCACCCGGGCUGCAGCCGUGUGGGCGUGGCGUCUGUCUUGCACAUGUGUGUAUCGUCUGUCGUCAUGCCAUGCAGGUUGCGAUACAGUACGGGAGGUACACGUGGCGGCACGUCGAUGAGAGGGGAUAUCCCACCGACUUCGUCCGCGGCACGCCCAACGAAGUCAGCGUCAGCUAUGUCAUGUGCACUGCAAGGAAGUGGCACGUGGCCAUAUACCCACCAUAGAUCGAUUCGAUGGCUACCUAGAGAGCUGGGUCGAUCAGUCAUUGUGACGGCAGUCUGUGUUUGUGUGACGUAGCGUUUUUUGAUUCAGAGGUGACUGAUCUCAGCAUUCAGAUGCAUUGAUGUCGACGGUCUGUGGUGAUGUUAGUUACAUGCACUCAGAGGUGUCUCUUCGUUCGUUCCUCUCUUGCUCUUCAGACAAACAGACCAAUGGCAUCAGUCACCU